AUGGACACGGUCAACUCCGACUCUCACUCUCCCCAGCAGCAAGAACAACUCGAGAGGUUGAAAAAUCAUACCUGGAUCGAAGAAAAUGGUGCUCGGAAUCGCCCGAACGAGCAAUGGAGAUUUUGGGUAAAAACCGGCCAAUUUCUUGCUUUUUUCGGUGAUCCAGACGACGGUUGGCAGCGGCUGAGAUGUGAGGGUGGUAGAGGACAACGUGCUGGUUCUUUUGAUAUCCAUGUCGUCGCUUGGGGUGGCCGGAGGAGGCGAUGGCAGCCCAAAAACUGGUGCGAUGAACAGUAA